CUGUUCGACUGGCUCGGUCUGUCGAAUCAUGUUUUUAACCAGUGGACAUUAAAACGGCAGAUGGCUUGGUUGCAGAUUCAACCACCGUCUCACCCCAAAGGUCAGAGGACAGCCGGACUGGAGGGGACGAGAGGCUGGGAGUGGACCAGUAAACCCAUGAGGGAGGAUGGUGAGGGAGCGACAGCAGACAACCAGGGACAAUGGAUGACUCUCAACAGCUUAGUAGAAAUCCUCAGUGAAGCUCAGCCCGGACGCAGGUUUUGGUCCCAGACUCUGAAAACUUUCUGCUGCUUCGCCCCGGUGGCUGCAGUGUGGUUCGCCUGCCAGCUGGAGGCGCUGCCGGGCGCCGCGCUGCCGCAGGAGGACGCAUGCUGCAGGAUGCUGCUGCUGUGUUUACUGUGGGCAGUUCUGGCUGCAGGUAUUUACGCUCUGAAAGGCUGCCUGCAGCCAGAACCGAACCGGCAGGAACCUCUACAGAGGAAGGAGCAGCUGGUUGAGCCUGAAAUCAGCAAAAAUCUGAAUUCACGGCCGGUCUCCGGGCCCAUGGUUAGGCCCCCGGAGGUGUUGGGUCCCCUGACCCGGGCUCUGACCAACAGUCUGCUGCUGUGUGUGCUCCAGGAGCCGCUGCAGGACCCCGCCGUGUCCCACAUCGAGGCUCUCUGCUCCAGGCUGCAGGCGGUGGCUGUCACCCUGGAGACGGUGACCUUUGCCCCGGAAGCGAUGCUGGAGGAGGCGGGCCGAGGUUCCGCGCUGGUGGACAAACUGAAGUUGCUCUGCGCCUACCUGCAGCAGAGGACAGCAUCCCUCCAGGUUCUGGUCCAGGUCCAGAGGGACUUUGAGUCCAACGUUGAGGACUUGCUGCAGGGUCUGGAUGGAGUCUGGACCCAGCUGGAGGAUCUGCACGCUGGAGUGACACUCACCAAAAACGACAGCCAGGGCAGCAGAGACCUGACUUUGGUUCAGGAAGAUGCCGAGAGCUUGGUGUCAGUGUUGGCUCAGUACCGGACCAAACUGCAGUCCUGUCAGGCUCUCCUGAAAGGCUGCACACAGCUCCUACAGGAACUAACCUGGAGUCACGCUCACAUCAGUACCAAGGUGAACAGCUGCUGCGAGUCUGUCUGGCCCGAGCUUUUGCUUCAGUCCAACAUUGAACAGUUUGACAAAGUUCAGGAGAAUUUCAGCUCUCUGGAGCAGCAGACUGCCACCUUUAAAACACACCUGGAAGGACUUGGAAUAGACCAUCAGGACGAACCUGUUGGGUCGCCCGGUGCUGCUAACAGAACCGAUGCGAAUCCCUUCCUGCCAAACCCCAUUUGUAUUGUGGAUUUGCCUCUGAGGACCUCAACCCCCAUAGAAACGAAGAAAUACUCCCAUUUAUCGCUGCGCGAGAGGUCAGCACUCAAGUUCUCCACGAUGGGAUGCUUACCCAAACCUGGAAGGAAGAAAUGAUUUUAUUUACCUGGAAUAUUAAUUUUAACUCAUGUUUAAUAAUCAGAACUGCUUUAAUUUAUAAAAUGUUUUGCAGAUGUUGAUCAUCUGCCGGCUGCCUCUGAAUUAAGUAUUUAUUUUCACUUUGUGAAUGGGUUUGUGAAAGACUCAUUCAAAUCUCAGCAUAUAAAAUGUUAGGUCAACCAACCAUUCAGUUUAAAAAAAAAAAAAAACAGGUAAGGUGAGUGGUGGAAAUUUAAUAACAAGAAUUGUCCAGAAAACACAAUCAAACAAACAAGUAAGACCGCAGCCAGGUAGCACGGCUGAGUGGAAGCCAGGGCUCACACCAGUAGCAACAGGUCAAACAGGCGGAGAGCAAAACAACAGCAUGCAACUAGUGACAACGACAAGGACCCGAUGAGAAACAAAGGACACAGGUGGGACUAAAUACACUGAGGAUAAUCAGGGGAACAAGACACACCUGAGAGUAAUCAAGUGGAAGACAGGACAACGAGGAGACUCAGGACACAGAAAACUCAAACAAUAGAAAAACACGGAACACAACACUUACCUAUCAAGUCUCCUGUAUUGGCUGGGAAAGUACAGUUUAUUUUACCCACCUUUUCAGCCGUGCUCCAAUAUUACUAUUUUCCCGUAUUGCCCUCCUCUCGGUUCGAUCCUGGUCUAACGCUUGCGUCUUCCUCUAACUUUCGUUCUUCUGUCUCCCCGAUCUUACAUUUAUCUCACCCCUGAACUUAUGUUCAUCUGUCAUGUGAACUACAAUUUACGUUUGUAGUUCACAUGUCCCCACUCCAGGUGAAAGUUAUGGUAUUCUCUA